AGCAUGAGGUGUUUCAUCACCAUCACUAUGACCCUGUUUCUGUUGCUAAUCACAACAACCAAUGCCACCUUCCCAUACCAAAAGCGACAAAGAAGCUUUGCAAGCCAGUUCCUGAUUCCCCAAAAUGCUGCAAGGUUCGAGCUGAGAUUGCAGCCGUUGGUGUGGAGCGCAAAACUGACACGCUACGCACAGUGGUAUGCAAACCAGAGGAGCAACGACUGUGCCCUUGAGCAUUCUAACGGGCAAUACGGUGAGAACAUAUUCUGGGGUAGCGGUACUGGGUGGGCCCCAGCACAAGCUGUCAGUGCUUGGGUCGAAGAGCGCCAAUGGUACAAUUACCACUUUAAUUCUUGUUCUGAAGGACAAAUGUGUGGACAUUAUACUCAAAUUGUGUGGAACACCACUAGAAAAGUUGGCUGCGCUAGCGUUACAUGUUCCGGUGAUAAGGGUACAUUUAUGACUUGCAAUUACCAUCCUCCUGGUAACUACUUUGGAGAAAGGCCUUACUGAGAUUCCCUCAAACCCAAUGGGAGAGCAACGUUCUGUGAGACAAGUCAAUAAUGUCAUAAUGACGUCGUAGCCAUAUGCUCAGCUGGCUCACUCAUUAUCUGUUUGCCAUGUGGGUUUAAUGGUUUUGUGGGCCUGUCUCCUGCAGUCAAUCAUGUAGCUCUUUUCUAUCUCUGUAUUGCUUGUUUAAUAUAAUACAUAAUUAUAUGGGUUUUUUCUUCUUCUUUUUUCUUUUUUGGAAUUUUGUUUU